AUGCUAAAUACUGACACGCUUACCUUAGUUUAUUUAUUAAUCGGUACUUUGAUUGCUGGAGGAAAUGUUUUCAAAAUCAUCCUUGGUUUAUUAGUUGCAAUCGUUGGUUUUGCUUACAUUGGUUUAGAAUUCAUCCCAAGUAUUUCACCACCAGAUAACUUUAGAACUGAAGGUACAUUCUUGAAUGAUGAAGAUGAAGAAGAUGUCAUCUAA